CAUUUCGUGUUUGGAAUGUAUAGUUGAAGCCUGGAAAUGUGACUGGUUGUUCAUUCCCACCAGGAGGUUUAGAUCUUUUAAACUUGGUUCAUUUGUAAAGCUGACAUUUUUAAAAAUUCAACAUUCGAUGAAAUUAUUAUUCAUUCAGAAGUAAACAAAGUGCUUCUUUAAAACUGAUAAACAUUCAUUUUAAAAAGAAAUUCAAUGGAAAGUCAAACAUUAACUUCUGCAACUUUAUCAAGAUCUGAAUCUCAAGGUUCACUAAUAAAUGAACGCAGUUCAGAUACUUUACAAUCACCAUCCACUGUUCGAGUAACGUAUACUCCACGAUUAGAAUCUAAUGUACAAAAUAAAACUCAUGAAAAUAUAGUCAAACAUCAACAGAAUACUGAAAAAUCUGAGAAAAUCUUUCUUCUCCCUGGAACUGAACGUGUCGUCAAGGUCACCAAAAAGUUUGUCAUUUCCAAUGAUAAUAACAAUAAACAAUAUACUGGAGAUGAGAAUGAUGUAUUCAUUGAAGAUGAUGCCUUUGAUGAUAAUAAAACACAGCUUACCACUAAAAUAGAAAAUAAGUAUUAUAAAACAAAUGUUUCAUUGCGUAAAAGACAUCAAGUUUCACAUGGAUCUGAUCAUCGUCAUCAUCGUCGUCAUUAUCAUCAUCAUCACCAAAGUCAUCGACACUCUUCUUAUCAUCCAGAAGGUGUGCAUACCCAUUCAAGUGAUACGAGAGACUUCAGAGAGUCUUUAGGAAGCAAUGGUUAUAAAAAGCACACAACACCAUCUGUCCUCAGUUCAACAGCGUAUAAUCAAAAUAAUCUAGAUCAGAAGCGUGUUAUUAGUCGUUUGGAGUUUAUCGCUAAUGAACGUAAUCAAUCAGAUAUAAAUGAGAAUGGUAAUACAUCAGGCGAAGGAUAUAUUGAAAUGAAUCGUGACAGACAUUCUUAUGUAACUUCUCCCCAGAGUAAGCCUGAUGGUUUGAUGGGAUUUAAGCAAAGUCAACUAUUUUCACCUACUAAAAACCAUCGAAAAAAGAAGCAUCGUUCAAAUAGCGAACGUAAAAGUUAUGAAAACUCACAUUCAUCAUUGAACAGACUUUAUUCACAUACACCUGUUGAAUCAAGUAUUUGCCAGAAAUGUCAUGGCCUGAUAUGUUCAAAAUGUCAUGAAAGCUUAAAUUGCCUGAAUACUGAACACUCUGAGUGUAGACCGUUACAUCGUGUUGAUGCCUAUUGUAAUAGCCGGUUGAAUGGAAUAAGUUGUUCAUUGGAUCAUGUAUACCCCUUAAGUCCAAAUCAAAAGUAUAAAUCACUAAGUAGUUCUAGAAUGCAAAUGGCAAAUGGACAUCAUCAUCAUCACCACCAUAACCAUUGUCAUAGACAAAUAAGUUUUGCUAAAUCUAUACCAUCAUUGAGUACACUAGAUUUAUAUGAUACUCAUCCAGAUCAUUUAAGUAUGCACAGUUUAGGUUCUAGUCGAAUGGAAAUUGAAUAUAUGCAAAGUGAUAACGAUGAAACAACUAAUAUGGUAUUAUCACCAGAGAAACUGAGAUGGAUUACAACUUUAGCGCGUGAAUCACUAAAUAAAACAAGAGAUCUUGAUACGUUGGCUAAAAUGAUGAAAGAAAGCUUAGAUGAAAGGUGUGGUAAAUUAUGGCAUUCCAUUGUAGGCGCUGAAUCAUAUGGUAGUAAUCUUGCUACUCUACCCGGAGCAUUGGUUAGUUUUAGAAUAGAUAAAUGGGCUUUUCUGCUAUGGCAAACAUGAUCUCUGCAGGAAAAAUAAUGAUGAAAACAACAGAGGAUAAAAAGAAAAAGAAGCAAUAAUAAUAAUAGUAACCUAUUCAUGGAGAACGAAUCUUGCAUCACUCACAUAAUUUCAUUUGCUUGUCUACUUUGUUAUGUAUCCUUAUUGUGGCUUUGUUUAAAUUAUUAACACUGGUUAAACAAAUCUUUGUUUCCCAAUAAUACAAAAUCAUAUUGAAAUAUUGUACGCUUUUAACUUAUCAUCAUGGCAAAAUUAGUUCGUAACUUCCUUUGACAUUUAAAAAAAAAUUACUUUUGAAUUAUUAAUUUUACCUAAUUUUAGAGAAUGGCCACUUUUUUCAGAAAUUGAAAUAUGACUUAAUUGAUAAUUUUUUAUGAAUAAAUAUUUGAAGUUCUUCUUAUCUAAUGAAUUAAAUUGAAAUGAAUAUUUCACAGUUGUAAAUAGUUUUUGAAUGAAGUAUUUCCAUGUUACGACUGAGAUGCUUAUUUUCAAUCAUUAGGAAACUGAAACUGAGAUCAUAACUAAAGUCUACCUAGUUCAAUACUUUUGUCUUUCAAAUUAUACAUAACUGACAGUGUAUAACUUUGUGUACCUCACUUACAAUGUAUGGUAUAAGCUGAUAGGUACUGAGUAAGGAUAUACAUUAUACACCGCAUACAAACUCCUAAGUUAUUCUUGCUUACUUACUACCAAACUGAACAUCCUUGCCGCGGUGAAAAAUCAAUAUUUUCAACAAAUAUACCACUAGACAGUAUUCAAUCCUGAUGUAUGUGUUUAAGUAUAUAUGAACCAGACAUAACACAAUGGUGAGCAGUGUUCUACGCUUAGAUGUAGUCAGUAAUAAAUCUUUAAAAUACGUUAAACACUUUAUAGAAUUUAUAUUGUAUUCUGUCUUCAACUUUAGACAAAGUUACUCAUUAUCUAAAGCUGAUAGCUUCAGUAGGUGCUGUCAUUAUCUAGGAUGGUUGGGAAGUAUUAAGCUGAAAAACUUGGUUACAGGUUUAAUUUUACUCUUAAAUAAGUAUUUUAGAAUUUGUCCUGGUGCGAACUUGACGGACGAAAAGACCAAUCACUAAUUAUUCGGACUUGCUAUAUACCCAUGAGUAUGAGACCAAGGAAGAACACGAUUGCGUAGUCGGAUUGAAUAGUAUAUUUGGAUGGUUAUGCCAAAAUACCGAUGCGUUGCAACUAACUGGCUAGAGAGUCGAAUACGAGCAAUGCAACGUAACACGACAGCGUGUCCAACAGCGAGGAUGCUUGACCGGGUGCCUUCAACUUAGCGAGUCCAGUUGAAUUAUCAAGGUCAGCAUCAAUGUCGAGGGUCGUCAAACCCUAGGCUAUUGAUUUUGGGGAAGUGUGUAACGCUAAAAUAUGAUUUGAACUCAUUACUAACGAAAGAUAUGCGUUAGAUUGGACUUAGCACCAAGCAUUUUACUUUUAAAUGUUUAAUUACACUUUAAGGCCUCGGAAAAAUAUUUUUAUCAGUAAGAUAAUAUUGUAGUGCACCUUCCUGGCACCAAAAUAUAACUAGGGCUAAAAUAAAUAGUUUAAAUUAAAUUAACUAAAUAAAUCUCUAGCUUGCCUCCGGAUGCUUAGGGUGUUUUAAGUUUUGUUUUAACGAGCAUGCAUCCGAGCAGGCUUGGACGCCAUUUUUGCGCUCCAUUGUGCUGAUCACCACGCACGUACUCCGAGUCCCUAGUUCAGCCUUACAAGCCAGAUAAGUUGAUUAAACUUUUCCCUCAUUCAUUAUUAUAACAUUUACCUUAAAUACAUAGCUCCUUUAAAUACAUUGCGUAUCAGUUCUUUUGAUUUGUGUUUUGUUACCAGUACUUACACGUUAGGUAAAGUACUGGUUAAGCAGGUACUAGAGCACAUCAAAUUAAGUAGGGUUGAUCAAACGUUACGGAAUUGUAACACGCAUCCCUACAAAAAUUGGUGAGCCCGAGUAUCACUUCUUAUUUUGUCUAGUACCUUUGUUCUCUUGCGUUGAUUUGUCUGGCCUAUUUUUGUUUUUGGCACGUCUAGCGUUUUUUUUAUAUUAUUGCACUCCUCAUUGGUUAUUUUUGCAUUGUAAUUUUUUUUUUAU